AUGCCGAGCUGGAGCAGGGGUUUGCGGGGGCGGACCCCGAGCCGGGCCGGGGAGAAGGCAGCGGGAGCAGCAGGAAAGGCCUCUUUCACGGAGCGCCCCCGGCACUCCGACUCGGAGGACAGCGAGCGGCGGCGCAACCACAACAUCCUGGAGCGGCAGCGGCGUAAUGACCUGCGCUCGAGCUUCCUGACGCUGCGCGACCACGUGCCCGAGCUGGCGCGCAACGACAAGGCGGCCAAAGUGGUCAUCCUGAAGAAGGCCACCGAGUACGUGCGGGCGCUGCAGGCGCAGGAGCAGCAGCUGCAGCUCGACAAGAAGCGCCUCAUCGCCAAGCAGGAGCAGCUGCUGCACAAGAUGGCGCACGCGCGGACUUGCUAG